AUGACUGAGAAGACGUACAGCUGCAAAUUCAGUCUGAAAAAAGAUCAGAACAUUACAACACGCCAGAAAAGAUACAAGUGUUUGGAGCAGGGAAAGAGCAUCCACUUCAGUAGUGAACUAACUGCACAUAAGGAAGCUCACACAAUGGAGAAGCCGUAUAAAUGCUUGGAGUGUGAAAAGAGCUUUUCUCGGAAUGGCAGCUUAUCUAAACAUCAAGUGAUUCACACAGAGAGAAAGCCAUACAAAUGCUUGGAGUGUGAAAAGAGCUUUUCUCAAAAUAGCAACCUAAGUCUACAUCAAAGGAUUCACACAGGGGAGAAGCCAUAUAAAUGCCUGGAGUGCGGAAAGAGCUUUUCUCGCAAUGACAGCCUAACUGUGCAUCAAACGAUUCACACAGGGCAGAAGCCAUACAAAUGCCUAGAGUGUGGAAAGAGCUUUUCUCAGAGUAGCAACCUAAGUAUUCAUCAAAGGAUUCACACAGGAGAGAAGCCAUAUAAAUGCUUGGAGUGUGGAAAGAGCUUUUCUCAAAAUGGCACCCUAACUAAACAUCAAAGGAUUCACAAAGGGGAAAAGCCGUAUAAAUGCUUGGUGUGUGGAAAGAGCUUUUCUCAGAAAGGCAAUUUAACUGUGCAUCAAAGGUUUCACACAGGGGAGAAGCCAUAUAAAUGCUUGGAUUGUGGAAGGACCUUCUCUGUGAAUAGCUCUCUAACUAAACAUCAAAGGAUUCACACAGGGGAGAAGCCAUAUAAAUGCUUGGAGUGUGGAAAGAGCUUCUCUGAGUCUAGUACCCUAAGAGUACAUCAAAGGAUUCACACAGGGGAAAAGCCAUAUAAAUGCUUGGAGUGUAAAAAGAGCUUCUCUUUGAAUACCUGUCUAACUAAACAUCAAAGGAUUCACACCGGGGAAAAGCCAUACAAAUGCUUGCAGUGUGGAAAGAGCUUCUCUUUGAAUACCUGUCUAACUAAACAUCAAAGGAUUCACACAGGGGAAAAGCCAUACAAAUGCUUGGGGUGUGAAAAGAGCUUUUCUCAGAGUAAUAACCUAAGUGUGCAUCAAAGGAUUCACACAGGGGAAAAACCAUAUAAAUGCCCGGAGUGUGGAAAGAACUUUUCUCAGAGUUGCAACCUAACUGCACAUCAAAGGAUUCACACAGGGGAGAAGCUGUAUAAAUGCUUGGACUGUGGAAAGAGCUUUUCUCAAAAUGGCUCCCUAACUAAACAUCAAAGGAUUCACGUGGGGAAGCCUUAUAAAUGCUUGGAAUGUGGAAACAGCCUUUCUCAGAAUGGCAACCUAACUGCGCAACAAAGGAUUCACACAGUGGAGAAACCAUAUGAACUCUUGGAGAGGUGAAAGAGCAAUUUUCAUAGCUGCUGUCUCACCUUACACCUCAAGAAAGCCAUUUAAUCAGUUAGCUUUCUUCAUAUCAGUCUUCCAACAUUCUGCACUUUUAAUCAAAAGGAAUACUGAAUCCCUCCUGGAUUUAUUCUCUUUUUCUGUUUUUUUUUUUUUUGUACAUUUGCCAGUAUUAUUUAGGCGGAUUAGUAGUUUUGAUUAUCUUAUGUAAUAAUUGAACAGAUGCUUAUUUUCUGCCCUUUCCACCACCUCUAUGCCUGUCUUCCCACCUCUGAUCAAGCUUAUUAUAUUCUGCAUCGUGCCUCUGCAUCGUUAGUGCUGCUGGACCUUCUUUAUAAUAUUUCCUCACCUUCUGAAUGGGAAGGAAGGUUCCUUCUCCUUUCUGUCUGGCAAAGUUAACUUUUGCUCAGAAAAGAUUACACCUGGGAAAAUUUUGUUGGUUGUUAAGGUGCUACUGCCUUAAAUUUGUUUUACUGCUUCAGACUAAUACAGCUACCCACCUGAAACUGUUAUCAUAACCCAUGCACACUUCGUUGCCAUGUGAGAGUGGAAGGAGAAGUCAGUGCUGUUCCUAACAAGAUAGUUCAUUCAUUUUCUUUAGCUUAUCACCUUGUAGAGUUGAACGUUUCUUAGUUAGCAUUGAGAAUUUUAUUACAAGCAUUGAUAUGGUCACUUCCAACAUGUCUCCAAGGACCCAUUAUAUUAUUUAGCUUCUGUAUAAAAAAAAGAGCCAGUUUGGUAUAAGAACCAAUUUGAGGUAGUGGUUAGAAGUGGCAGGACUCUAAUCUGAAGAGCUGGGUUUGAUUCCCCACUCCUCCACUUGAAGGCAGCUGGGUGAUCUUGGGUCAGUCACAGCUUCUAGGAGCUCUCGCAGCCCAACCCAACUCACAGGGUGAUUGUCAUGAGGAUAAUAAUAGCACACUUUGUAAACUGCUCUGACUGGGUGUUAUGUUGUCCUGAAGAGUGGUAUAUAAAUAGAAUGUUGUUAGUAGUAGUAUUAGCAUUAUUGCUAAAAGGCUCUAUUCAUCUGUGGCAGGCAUAAAGCCUCAGAAAAUAACAACAAGCGCUGCGAAAUUGCUCUGCCAGAUACAAAAGGAACUGAA